GAUACCGGUAUUUCGGUAAAAAAUCUCAUCCCUACGCCAAAAUAUCAAAAUUAUAUAUGCGAUAAGCGAGUAACUUGAUAGAAGCAAACUAAAGACCUGAGAGCAUAAUCGGCGACUGCGUACGUUUCUCAAAACCCCUUUAAUCGAACUCCAAAGCUUGAAAGACAAUGGGAAAGGACGCGAAGGGCGGCGGAAAAGGCAAAGGAAAGCAGGCAGGUGGGAGUGAGGAUGGUGGUGGUGCAAAAGGCAAAGGCAAAGGUGGAAAGGCUGCCGAUGGCCUUGGCACUUGUACAUACGUAAAAGCAAGGCAUAUCUUGUGUGAAAAGCAAGGUAAAAUCAAUGAAGCAUACAAGAAGCUGCAAGACGGGUGGCUUAGCAAUGGAGAUAAGGUCCCUCCAGCUGAAUUUGCAAAGAUAGCUGCCGAAUACUCAGAAUGCCCAUCAGGAAAGAAAGGUGGAGACCUUGGAUGGUUUCCGCGAGGCAAGAUGGCUGGACCAUUUCAAGAGGUUGCUUUUAACACGGUUGUUGGAGCUACCAGUCCACCUUUUAAAUCAACACAUGGGUAUCACAUCAUCUUGGCCGAAGGACGGAAGAAUUAGAUCACAAGCAGCAUAAUGUUACUGUUGUGGUCAUGAAAUAAAGCUGACUUACAGUAUUUUGUUUCUUGAACAUAUGAAACACUCAUGUCAUGAAAGUGUCUUUUGUUGCUUUUAUUUUCUAUCGUAAGGUCCCGUGGGAUUAUGGGGAGAACACUACCAAUGACUUCCUCGUGUAUUAGAAUGGGUCAAAAAUCAAAAUGGGUCAAUGUUUAUUAAA